AUGAGACUAUUAUCUGUUGCCAGUGGUCUUGUCAUGGCAUUGCCUGUUUACGCUCAAAUCCCCUCUCAAACUUGUACUACGGGCAUUACUCUCCCUACCAUCACAGUUCGGCCAUGUCCUGGCGGCUACGAAAAUACCUAUACACGGUGUUAUAAGGAGUUCUUCUCACAAGGCUUAAGAACAAGAACAUACACCCUCACACAAACUUGUUCAAGCAUCGACUGCCAACCUCCACCGAUCGAGACGGCUCCUCCUCCAGGCUUUACACAAGCUGUGGUGAAGUGCAGUAACUGUGGUAGCCCUGAUACCCAGGUUGCUACAUUAACAUUCCCCUCCGAGUCUCUUUCGGCAUAUUCCUCUUCCGGAUAUGUUGUUGUCCCUGUUAGCUCUGCCCUUCCUACGCAGGGUGCUUAUCAAGGCCAGGGUUUGGACCAGACUGGUCAAAGCUCUUCACAUCGAGAGUAUUACAAUGGCAACUCUCCUGAUGCUAGUUACCAUGUCGAAGGUCAAAAUGGUCAUGAGUCACCCUCUCCGAACUCCUUAGAUGGCACAAGCUCUGAUUCCACUUCCCAUGGCGCCCAGAGUGGCCAAGGUGCUCAAGGCCAGGGAAGUCAAGAAGGCGAACAGAGCAAUGAUGACUUCGACAGAAGCCACGCUCAACAGCCCGGAUCAAGCAAUGAUGCAUACGCCCCAGACGGCGGAUCAUCUCAAGCACAAGACAUUGGUGACCAGGGUGUCACACCAGGAAACACAGAAGCACAAUCAGGAGAUACCGCGAGAAGACCCUGGUCCGCAUCCAACAGACCUGCCCCUGGUGGAAACCGGGCCCCUUCAUCCGGUCAAUCCCCAGGUUCUUCAAAUAACUCACCCGACUCCCCAUCAAAUGGUGCCUCUUCAGGAGAACCUUCUUACGAUCAGAAAGCCGACACUUCACCAUCUAGCGACCCUGCUGAAGGUUCAUAUGACACAGCUGGGUCUCAAGGCGGCAACAUGCCUCAGGCUUCGGGCGGCACCACCCCGGACUCUGCUGGCAGUGGUUCACCCUCUCCUCAGAGCAACACUCCCUCACAGGGAAAUCCAGCGUCCAAGGACUCUAUUGGGGAUAACGGCAGCAGCCCAUCUAACGAUCCGGUCACUGUAAGCAGUGCUAAUACUGCCAAGAUGAAUAUUCUUGCAUGCAUUAUGACGACUCUUGUUAGCAUUUUUGCCAUAGGACUACUCUAG